GCGAGCCGAGCGUGCGUGUGCGCGCGCGCGGGUGCGCCGAGGGACUGUGGCCGACCGUGACGGGGUCAUGCUUCCACAUUAAUAAGACAGAUGUGCUGUGUGAGUCUAAAGAAGUCUGAGGAACAGGUAUCUAUCAUAGAAGAAGACCUUCUGACCUGAGACCUGCCCAGAAGCUGGAGAAGCCUGGGACACACUGGACUUUGGAGUUGCUGGACCUGCAGACUCUUGACAAUUUCUUCCCAGAGUUGGCAAGAUCUAAAGGACAUCUGACCCAGACAUUAGCAACAGCUGUGCCACAAUGGAGCAUUUGACCCAGAUGAUGGAAAGGAGAGCUUGGUGUUUGCAGGACUGUGAACUUUCUGAGGAAGAAGAGAACAUGACCAGGUCUUCUGUACAUAAAACAGUGACAUUCAAGGACGUGGCUGUGGAUCUAACCCAGGAGGAAUGGCACCAAAUGAAACUUGCUCAGAGGAACUUGUACCGAGAUGUGAUGCUGGAGAACUACAGCAACUUAGUCACAGUGGGCUGUCAAGUCACCAAACCAGAUGUGAUCUUUAAACUGGAACAAGAAGAGGAGCCAUGGGUGAUGGAGGAAGAAGUGUUUUGGAGGCACUCUGCAGAACCCAGAAGAAGAGGACAGGAAUAUGGUGCCUCUGAAGACGUGACUGAGGGUGUGGUGUUCAAAGACGUGGUGAUUUACUUCUCUCGAAAGGAGUGGGGAUGUUUACACCAUCCCCAGAGGAAUUUGUACCGAGAUGUAAUGUUGGAAAAUUACAACAACCUGAUCUCACUGGGUCUUGCUGAUGUUAAGCCAAGUGUGAUCUCCCUUUUGGAACAGGGGAAAGAUCCCUGGAUGGUUAUGAGGAAGGAAACACAAGAACUGCAUCCUGACUGGAAGCCCAAAAGAAGAGCUAAGAACUUACCUCCAAAGGACACUUACAAAAUUCAGUCAUUGCAACAGACAAUAACAAAAGAACAUAUGUGCUCUGACCUUGAGGCCACCAAGGCCCGGGGUAAGAGAGAAAUCACAUGCCAGUUGGAGCAACAGCAAGGGCACCAGAAGGAACACUUGAGCCAAGCUGUGGUAACUGCUAGAGAAAGGCCCACUUCCCUUCAAUGUGGUUCCCACAGAGAAGCUUGCCCUGGAGAGAAAUCCUGUGAAUGUAAGAAACCGGAGAAAACGCUCCAGUACCAGUCACGUUCCAUUCAACAUGAACAAAAUCGUGACAAGGAAAAAAGUACUGAAUGUGGACACUGUGGGAAAGUCUUUAGCACUAUGUCAGACUUGGUUAAGCAUCAGAGACUUCAUGAAAGUAAAAAUAGCAAUGGAAAUAAGAAAAGUGCCUUUACUCAUGGCUCUGAAAUUUCUAAACCUCAGAGCCCUCAUACUGGUGAGAAACAUCAUAAGUGUAAGGAGUGUGGGAAAGGCUUUCAUUCUACCUCACAACUCAGUCACCAUCAAAAGAUGCACUUAGGUGAGAAGCCCUACAAAUGUAAGGAAUGUGGGAAGGCUUUUCCAUCCACUGCACAACUGAAUCUGCAUCAGAGAGUUCAUACUGAUGAAAAGUACUUUGAAUGUAAGGAAUGUGGGAAGGCUUUCACACGCCCCUCCCACCUACUUCGCCAUCAGAGAAUCCACACUGGGGAGAAGCCACACAAGUGUCAGGAAUGCGGGAAGGCUUUCCGUUAUGACACACAGCUUAGUCUCCAUCAGCUCACUCAUACUGGGGAAAGACGCUAUGAAUGCAAGGAUUGUGCUAAUGUCUACACUUUUGCCUCACAGCUGAUCCUGCACCAGAGGGUUCACACUGGUGAGAAGCCCCAUAAGUGUAAGGAGUGUGGGAAGGGCUUUAUCUCUGAGUCACAUCUUCUUCGGCAUCAGAGCGUUCACACUGGCGAGAAACCUUACAAAUGUAAGGAAUGUGGGAAGGGCUUUCGUCGUGGCUCAGAACUUGCCCGACAUCAGAGAGCACAUGCUGGUGAUAAACCCUAUGAGUGUAAGGAGUGUGGAAAGGGCUUUACUUGCAGCACAGAGCUUGUUAGACACCAAAAAGUUCACACUGGUGAGAGACCUCAUAAAUGUAAGGAAUGUGGUAAGGCUUUUAUUCGGAGAUCAGAACUUACUCAUCACGAAAGAAGCCAUAGUGGUGAGAAACCCUAUGAGUGUAAGGAAUGUGGGAAGGCCUUUGGUCGUGGCUCAGAACUUAGUCGACACCAGAAAAUUCAUACUGGUGAGAAACCCUAUAAAUGUAAGCAAUGUGGGAAGGCCUUUAUUCGGGGUUCACACCUGACUCAACAUCAGAGAGUUCAUGCAGGACAGAGGAGUGAAUGAAGAAUUGUGGGAGGGUCAGAAUUUGACAUCAGUAAAUUCAUAUUGUUUUUAAAAGGCCUAUGAUUUUAAGGAAUGUAGAAUGGGAACUUAUAGGGUCUUUCAACAGCAUCAGAAAUCAUACUGGGGGAAAUAUGUUCUAAAAGAUGAGGGCCAGAAAUCCUCUGACAGACACUUGUUGGUGAUGAAAACCUUAUACAUGUUUGUGAUUGGGAGGGAUUUAUUUGUUUCAGAAUUUGCCAUCAAGCAUCCAGUUGGUGAAAAACUGGAAGCUUCCCUGAAUGUAAUGGAAGUAGAAAUGCCUUCCUGUGACUCAUAACCAAAUCAAAGGCAGAGGUAGGAGGACUGCUGGGAGUUGAAGGAUAGCCUGGGACUACUGAGUGAGUUCCAGGUCAGCCUGAGCUGGAGAGAGACUCUACCUUGAAAAACAAAACAAUAAACCAAAUCCACCUCAGGGUAUUUAUAGCAGAAAGACACUUAGGAAGGCAGUGAAUGUGUCAGAGAAAGUAGCCUUUGGUCCCUCUCUCAGGAUCAGGGUAACUAGUCCUCAGGGGAAGUGACUCACAUAUAUAGUAUAAACGCCACAUAUGUAACACCCAGUUUGCUUUAGUUUAUUCACCCUACUAUACUUGAAGCUAUGUUCAUGUUAAGAUACAGCACUACUUCCAUUCUACUCAGAGUAUCAAAAUAUUUGUGAGUUUGUUCUCCAAGUUAACUUGAACUGAAUCAGUAUGGGAAAGUAUUUACAUUUUAAAAAAUAUUUUAUUUUAUUUAUUUGACAGAGAAAGAAGGUGAGAGAGAGAAUGGGCACGCAAGGGCCUCCAGCCACUGCAAAUGAACUCCAGAUGUGUGCGCCCCCUUGUGCA